AUGAGUUCUGGAAUGCCUGAAUUGGGCUCCAAGAUAAGCCUAAUAUCUAAAGCAGAUAUUCGAUACGAAGGCCGACUCUUUACCGUUGAUCCUCAGGAAUGUACCAUCGCUUUAGCUAGCGUGCGAUCUUUUGGUACUGAGGAUCGUGAGACUCAAUAUCCUGUGGCGCCUCAGAGCCAAGUGUAUGAUUAUAUCUUAUUCAGAGGUUCUGACAUCAAGGAUAUAAGAGUGCUUAACAAUGUGCCGUCCUUACCAAAUGAUCCAGCCAUUGUGCAGAUGUCAGUGCCUCCAUCUCUCGGCAGUGGUGGACAGGGGCAAUACACUGGACAAUACAACCACCCUGUUGUGGGACAGACACAAUAUCCCCAAUAUCAUCCCAUGGCUGGUUUUCCUGCGAGUGUUCACCCUCAACUUAAUAAAACCAGUGAGUUAUCCCCACAAACUUCUGUGGAUUUGACACCACAACCUCAACCUGUGACUGCGCCAAUAGGAUCGGGGGUGCUUCACAACAACCAAGUGAAAGACCAAGGCUCUAUGCUGGAUCUUAUUGGGGGAGGCUCUCAACAAAGUGCUUCAAGGUCUGGAACCCCUGCUACUGUGGGACAUAGAAAGAGCCCCACAGCAGAUCAAGGCACUCAGGCUGGUUCAGGUGCCAGCGGCUCGGGCCAGCGUGACAGUAGGCGCACCAGCACCGGCGCUCCCAGCAGCCAGGCUGCCAAGCCGGGGGCUGCUCCCCGCGCACGCCCCACGUCCCGCACCCGCCAGCGACAGCCCAGCGGCUCUCAGCACAAUCACCAGCCCGGUGAGCAUGCGGAAUCUCUCCAACAGCAACACCCAAUUCAGAACUACAACCGUGGCGGCUGGCGAGGCAGGUCACGUGGGCGCGGCCGUGGCUUUGUCCCACGCAACAAGAAUACGCUCAAGUUUGACAAUGAUUAUGACUUUGAACAGGCUAAUACUGAGUUUGAGGAGUUGAGGAGUCAGCUGGCUAAGGCUAAGAUAUCUGACGGAGAGGUGGUUAAAGUUGAAGGUGAAGUUGACAAGAAAGAUGACUCUGGUAAUGAGACUGGUGCCGGGGAAGCCGAAUUAGAAGAUGAUGGUUUCACUGGAUAUGAUAAGAAGAAGAGUUUCUUUGACAAUAUCUCUUGUGAAGCAGUUGAAAGAUCAAAAGGUCGCAGCCAACGCACGGACUGGCGGACGGAGCGCAAGCUGAACUCUGAGACGUUCGGCGUGGCGUCGGCGCGGCGCGGCGCGUGGCGGCCGCGGGCGGCGUGGCGCCCGCACCCGCCGCACCCGCACGCGCACCCGCAUAACAUGCACCCCAUGUCGUACUUCCCGAGCUGGAGGCCGAUGCGAGGCCGCGGCCGCCCCGCGCCGCGCCGCCCCGCCGCGCCCGCGCCGCCCGCGCCGCCCGCGCCGCCGCAGCCCGCCUCCGCCGCUGCCAAG